AUGAUUAAGUGCAGGAGACAUGGCUGGUCACGCCCAAGCUCUGAGAACCAGGAGCACCGCGGGGGCGCGCUAGGACGGCAGGGGCCGGGCUCUCCGGCGCGGGAGGUGAUUGCCGUGGUGAUGGAUGUAUUCACAGACAUCGACAUCUUCAGAGAUCUGCAGGAAAUAUGUCGGAAACAGGGAGUUGCUGUAUACAUCCUUCUGGACCAAGCUCUACUCUCUCAGUUUUUGGAUAUGUGUAUGGACCUGAAAGUUCAUCCUGAACAAGAAAAGCUGAUGACAGUUCGGACUAUUACAGGAAAUAUCUACUAUGCAAGAUCAGGAACUAAAAUUGUUGGGAAGGUUCAUGAAAAGUUCACAUUGAUUGAUGGCAUUCGAGUGGCUACAGGCUCCUACAGUUUUACAUGGACAGAUGGCAAAUUAAAUAGCAGUAAUUUGGUCAUUCUGUCCGGCCAAGUGGUUGAACACUUUGAUCUGGAGUUCCGAAUCCUGUAUGCACAAUCAAAGCCCAUCAGCUCCAAACUCCUGUCCAGCUUCCAGAUCAGCGUCAAGUUUGACCAUCUAGUUGACCGGAAACCAUCGUCCAAGGAGCUCACAUUGGGCAAUCUGCUGCGGCAGCGGCUGGCUAGGCUCUCAAGCACCCCCGAGAAGGCCGAGCUGCUAUGUGGGGCACCCACCAAGGCCAGGGCAGAGGCCAGGCGCCACGACUCUGAGUCUUCCACCAUCAGUGAGGAAGACUACUUUAACAGCCACAAGGAAGAACCAGAAGGUGGAAAGGUGACUGAUGCCGCCACUCAGACAGAGCCAGGAGAGGAGGUGCCAGUGGUGCGCGUGAGUGACUCGGGAACACAAACCAGCACUGCCAUAACUAAUGCAUUUUUCUCUUUAACUCUGGGAGUAUGUCACAAGUAA